CCUCAACACCAACAACGAAUGCAAAUCAAACCAAUAAUCGUGCCUCUACACAUGCACUCAAAUGUAUUAGCUUGCAUCGCUCAUAUAAUUGUUCCCUUUGGGAUUGCUGCCUCGCCGCUUGCUCUUUCGCGCGAACAGGCUAACAUCGCGAAAUCAUCGCGCAGUCACGCCCUUGCCCGCUGAACGACGCCUGUCCAUAUUCUAUAUAACACUUGCCUGUCGUCUUCUAAUCAUCAUACCCACAGACCAUCAUGGAACUGCCUGAGGAACUUUACCUCGAGAUCUUCUCAUACUUGCCCCAGCAUCAUCUACGCUUAGUGUCUCGAACAUGCCGCACUUUCGCGACCCUUACAAAGCCGUUGAUGUUCCAGACAAUCCAUUUGGACGGCUCAGCCCAGACCGGAUUUGGUCGAGUGGAGGAUGGCCAGUAUAAAAUCCAUCCCGGUCGUUCACGGACGGUGGAAUUGGGCUCUCUGGAAAGUACUGUGGAUGAGCUGUUGGCACUGGACAUUGCGCGCCAUGUUCGUAAGCUAAAGUUCAGUCCUACCUACUACGUAGAUGGUUUCUGGUCGAGCUAUCGCCGAUGGCUAGAGAGGGAGCAGGAUUACGAGGCAGACUUCCAUAAUAUGUAUGAAGAAGAAGAAUUCGAGGAGGAUUCCGAGGGCGAAUAUGUUGGUAUCCGUCGUCGCGCCGAGGCACGGCUGGCAAGACCUGGUAAAGAGCGGAACUUGAUUGAGCAGGCGGAAGCGAUCUGGGUCUCCAAGGUUGAGGAGCAGCGCGAAAGGGCAGAUGAAAUCUCAGCGGUACUGGUUAAACUUUUCGCUCACAUGCCGAGCUUGAAAGCUAUCGAAAUCCAAGAGUGGCAUUGCGACUUGAGUGACUAUGGGAUUGUAGACGACUACGACAAUGAGGUGAGUGAACAGUUCUCCGGAUGCAGGACGACCUGGAAGCACCUUGAACUGCUAAGCUCUGCUCUUCAAGCGUCAAAUAGUCGCAUCCAGAGUCUAGUCCUCCCGAAGAUUCAUCCGUCCUCUAUAACAACGAGUGCCGCCUUGGAGCACAUGUUCAGCUCUCUCACUACACUCUCAUUCAACGCCGAGAGUGUGGACUUUCUACUUGAGUCUCAAAACAACGAAGGCUCAUUGCUUGCUUCGUUGAUUUGUCACGCAUCUCAGACAUUACAAACGCUUGAGUUUCGCAACAUAACUACAUCACAUCCACAACUACCGGAUGUGGGAGAGCACUACAUUGAAAAGCUCUUUGGUAGCGUCAGUGCUCCCGUCUCCACAUAUACGCCAUUAGUUUUCCCGGCAUUGAAAACUUUGAAGCUACGAAGUCUCCUUCUGGAAACACCGUCUCUUAUCGACUUCCUCUCCCAGCAGCCAAAGUUGCAGUAUGCUCAUUUCGAGUACGUCUAUCUUACUAGCAUAGGAUACAAGUGGCACAACGUCGCGCAAAAGUUGCCACCGUCAUGCAACAAACUCUACAUUGGUCGUUGUGGACAUGAGAAAUGGGCCUUGAAUUCGCCCGCAGCAUACAAUCAUAUCAAGCCAUUCUUACCCUUCAAAGAAGAAUUCCCAUCUACCUCAGGUUGGCGGCUGAACGAACUGGCUUUCCAAAGGGAAAUGGAUGAUGACUUACAACGGCAGUUGGAUGCCGGGAUGGCUGGUGUGUUGCCGCCAGAUCAGAUGUAUAUGGGGAAGACGAGAGAAGAGUGGGUGGCUAUGAUGAGACUUGCUAGCGACCAUGCAGAGUUUGAGAGGAUUUGAGUUGGGUCAAAGGCAGGCGACAUCGGAUGUUCGGAGGAAGUGUGCUUCAGAGCAUGUGCGUGGUUGAGAAGUGUGGAUUGAUUGUUGUUUAACGACCUAUUUGAAACUUCCCAUUGGGUAUUCGGGCGGGGUAUGCCAGGGAAGGAAAAAAGAAAAAAAAAGGACGUCGGAGACAGGACUCGAACUAUCAGCCGUUAGUGGAGG